AUGGAAUUUUCUUCAGGGGUUGAAAUCCCAUUCGUUUGUGUGUUUAUCAUGUUUUUACUUUAUUUCGUUGCAUUAGUACCAGUACGAAAGGCUCAAGCACAACAAGAUGAAGGCUAUGAUAAUUCAAAUCCAAGAGACCAAUAUAAUAGAUUGCCGAUUUGGGGGAAAAGAGCGGUCGGAGCAGCAAAUAAUACAUUCGAAGGACUUGUUUUCUUCUCUAUAGCAGUAUUUACGUACGCAUUUUCUCAUGUGUUUAAUUUGAAUCCUUUUGGUAAUAAAUAUCAAAAGAUUGAAAUGACCGCUAAUAUUUUAUGUAUCAUUUAUAUCAUUUUACGAGUGAUUUAUUUUCCUUUGUAUUGGUUUGAUUAUCCAAAAGUCAGAAGUUCAGUUUGGACAAUUGGACUUUUAUGUAUUUUGUCAUUAUUCAUUAUUUCGUUUAUCUAA